CCCCGUGACAAUGGCUCCAGUGAGUGACCACUGGGAUGUUCGGUAUAAAAGGACCCCCAUGGCACAAGGGUAGUCAGUUCAGAACUACGCUUCAACAGCUACAUCCACUUUCCAACACCACAUCGGAAAGCAUCUGAACUCUUCAACAUGCAGUCUUUGGUGUAUCUGAUGCUCGUUGCCUUCAGCUCCUGCCAGGCGCACUACAGAGGUUCAUAUGACUCCCGAAACUUCAUCACCAGAGAAGAACCAACGCCUAAAGGUGUGCUGAUCGAAUGUCCGGUAUGCGACCAAACUGACCACUGGAUGGCCAGCACUGAAGAUUGUCCCAUCAAAAACGGCAGCAAGGCUUUCAAGAUCUGCAGGUUUGGAACAUACAUCAACGAAGUUUGCGGGAAGCGAGUCGACUGCUUCAGCGGCCCAGGUGAACAAUGCACUGAGAAGCGCGAGUUCGAUAUGUACGGCAAGAAGUGCGCCCCCGGCUAUUACUGCAACAAAAUGGAAGGCGUCUGCACUGGACUCGAGUUCCAGUUGGGCAACAACUGGCAAUGGAAGAUGUACCCCCUCCGCAGCGAACUCAGAAACCAACCUGAUGACUCCAAAUUCUCCUUCGAAGGAGUCCGCAACUAAGUCCUGAAUUCCAAGCCCAACAACCACGGGACCAGCCUAACUUGACCUCCCUGAUCUCAACCCUAGUCAAAGUUUUAAGUACACGCUUAUAAUUUGUAAUCAACAUUCCUAAUAGUGAUCUCAAUUUUAUUGUUCCUACAUUUUUAUACGAAAUAAUCUGAAUAUAAUUAAUAUGUAAAAGCAA